AUGGUGCGGUGGGAGACGCCGGGGCCGCCCGGAGUUGCACUGGCCAUCCUUGGCACCGGCAUCGGCCUUGGCUAUGCGCUCGCCAGGUUGGCCUCGCCAAAGAUUGCGGACAUUGAAGUGGAGGCUGAAGAGGUGCCGGUCUCUGUUCCGAUUCGACUCUGGCAGUACCUUCUCCGCAGGCUGCUGUUGAGGUCCGCAGAUGUCAAGCAGGAUGACGAGACUCUGGGAGACAGCCGAGAAGACAGGAAUCAGAAGCCGCCGCAGCCUCGUCGCUACGCGCUGCGCCCGGAGGCGGACCCUCGACUCGACGAGGCCAUGUGUGUUCGAUACGAUCCACCGGCCGAGCGAAAGACGGGCGCCAUCGUCAUAGUGAUUCCUGGCGGCAACUACGACGAGUCAGACAUCUUCUGCGGGGAAGGCCAGCCGAUCGCUCAGUGGCUGGCCCAGCACGGAGCGACGGCCGUGGUCUUGCAGUAUCGCUGUGUCUCGAGGGGUCACUACUGGCCAGCUCAAUUCCAGGAUUGGCUCGAUUGUGCCAUGCUUGUGAAGCGCAAGGCACACGGUUGGGGCUGCGACGCGUCGCGCGUUGCCGUCAUUGGCUUCUCGGCAGGAGGGCACCUGGCCUCCUAUGCCGCGCUGAGAUCGCCGGAGCACCUCGCGCCCAAGCUCCAGAUCCUCGUGUAUCCUGCGAUUGAUACGCGAACGCCUCACGAGGACGGGUCCAUCGAUCCCUGGUACGCCGAUGCAGGCUACCCGCCAGUUGAGGCCUCCACACAUCUCCUGGUGACUGCCGUGGCUCCCCCGGCCUUCCUUGCGGGGAUCCGUGGCGACUCGUAUUGCCCGGCUUCCGAGAAUACUGAUGUGUACGCGCAGGCGCUCGAAAAAUGUGGCGUCAGCUUCAAGUACAUCCUCACGGAGGACGAGCACGAGCACGGCUGUGGACUCCACAGCUGGUGGCAAACUCCAUGCGAGGAGUGGCUGCGAGAGAGAGGUCGAAGCCUGCGCGCUGCGAAGCACGGCCAAGCCGGUUUGCAACCACAGGCAUCGCUGGUUCUCGGGCGGAAAUGGCAGCGAGUGUCCCGCGCAUGGAAAGCCCAGAUCCAGGAGCUGCUUGGGGUCACGGGAAAGUGGUUCGCCUGCUUUUUGGUCGUGGCUUUGGCGCAGAACCUCAAGGGCAGCGUGGAUGUCGUGAGCGCUGUGACGGACCUCGGGGAUGAUUCUACAGCGGCCGCCCCAACGGAGCUGCAUCAUGACGAGGCUGAGUCGAAGCUCCAUCCUCCUACGACACCGCAAGCCCUCGCGGCCUUCGUCUUGGUCUUUCUGAUUCCUGGAAUCGGCCUGAUCGUCAUGAAGAAGGGCAAGGACAACGGCUGGGAGGGAGCCUUCGGCUUCAUCUGCUGCAUCAUCACCCUCGUCUGGGUAGGGGGAAGUUCCAGUUCCCUGUUAGUUGCACCGAAGGUGAUCGGCUUGCAGCUAAGGCGUUUCGGCUCCGCACAAAACCCACCGCCGGCUUUUGAGGAGCCAGGGAGCCCAAGAUCUCGCGAAAUGCAGAUCCCGUCCAUGCUGCGAUGCCUGGCUGUCGCCUUCGCCUUCGUUGUGGUCGGCGCGCAGAACCUCAAGGGCAGCGUGGACGUCGCCUCUGUGCAGGACGAUGCACCAGUGGCCAGCGAUGUGGCCGCGCCCACGGAUCUGCAUCAUGACGAGGCUGAGUCGAAGCUCCAUCCUCCUACGACGCCGCAAGCCCUCGCAGCCUUCGUCUUGGUCUUUGUGAUUCCUGGAGUGGGACUGGUCGUCAUGAAGAAGGGCAAGGACAACGGCUGGGAGGGAGCCUUCGGCUUCAUCUGCUGCAUCAUCACCCUCGUCUGGGCCCGGUCUACACGGCCGUCAUCGCCCUCUCCUCUUGAUGGGGCGGACGGCGCUUGUGAGCACGACCAUGACGAGUGCAGCAUUGACUUUAUUAAGGACUUGCCAGGGGAGCCGGAAGUCUCGGGGUACACUUUGCGGCAAGAUGUGCAGGAUCAGGUCAACUGUGCCUCCCCGGCGCCGCCGACGCUGGAUCAGAGCCGGGAGCUGGCGAAGGCAUCCGGGAGACCGGCAUGUCCCUGCGAAUGGAAGGACCUUGUGCUGGCAGGGAAGCCUUUGGAAGCUGCCGUCUUUCUGUGCCCAGGCUGGAAGCAUGGGCAGACGUUCACGGCUUCGCAGGACCCUGAUCGCAUCGAGCUGUCCUGGGAGCCACCCAGGCUAGAUCAGUGCACUCUUAGGAUCCCGUGCGGCAACGCGAAAAGACCUGGGCCGAGGAGUGCAGAGCCACCGCAGGUAGGCGCCGAGAAGCAAGCUCCUGCAUUUCAGCUCCCCGAGCUGCCGGUAUCCGGCAAUCGACGCACCUUUGCACGCGUGGUCCACAACGUCCUCGACGAGGACGAUUGCGCUGACCUGAUCCACUGCAUCAACCAGAAAGGCAACGGACGCCAGCGUUUCGAGCCAGACGUACGAAAUGGCCACCGAGCCAUCGUAGAUAGCCAGGAGCUAAGCUCCUACCUUCUAGAGAUGCUCCGGCCGCACUUCCCCGAGAUGCUGGAAGGCAGCAAAGGGCGUUCAAGCAGCGGCAGCAGCGGUGGAGUAGAGAACUCGGCUUCUGAUUACCUCAUAGGCAGCCGCCUCGUCGACUUAAACGAGCGCUGCCGCGUGCUGUGCUACACACCCGGGCAGGAGUUCGCCCCUCACUACGACGGGUGCUUCGUCCGGCCGAAGGGCAGCCGCAACGAAGGCGACGAAUCCAUGGUCACAGUGCAGCUUUAUCUCCACGAUGUCCCAGCAGCUUUGCUGAGUUUCGACUUCUACUCUGCGCUGGAGUUUAGGAAAGUUCUGGCGGUGCCACUACCUUUCUAUUCGGAGGGCGAGGAGCUGGUCCAAAGGUUGCUGGUCUUAGCUUUGAGAAGUAAGGUUUGCUUCUCAGCGAUCUGCCGCCUCGACUAUGCGACGAAAGUGACGAAUAUAGGUGCGGAGAUCAUUAACGAAAUGGGUCUGUCUUACACCGUGUAUUACACAGCCGGCUGCUGGCCACCUGCGGUGUCGUAUGCAGUGGGUCAGGAGCCGAAGACGGAAUGCAACACAGAGGACUUUGAAAUAGCUGCCGCAGAGUAUGAUGCCUUAACAGGCUCGCUGCUGCUCGUCCGAAAUGUAACAGCCAUCAAGGCGAGGAGGCUGACUGGUGUCAAGGUAACACCAGAUUGGCGAUUCGUCUUGUUCGUAGGUUCCUUGUCGAACGGCGUUGGGAACAUCUAUUCAGUGGAUGCCCAGGAGACUGCCGCCCGAAGCGCAGUCCCACUUUUGACGCAGGUGCAGAUGGACGCCUUAGAUGCUGCAUGCCAGCUCCACACGAGAGCGGUGCUUGACAUCCUCGAGGAGCGUGGCCACCGGCCUGUGCAGAAGACUGCCCGAAUCGCGGGCUUCAAGCACCUGCAGGUCAUCAUCCCUGGCAUCGAGCCCGUGGAUUUCGGGGGGACCUUUCAAGGGCUGCCUCAACAGCCGCCGGGCAUCUCCCGGGUCUACCGGGCGGCCUUCAGCUUCGUUUGCAGGCAGGUGGAGACGGUGAUGAGCGGCUCAGCAACGGAGACUAUCGAGUUCUCAAAGGUCGCCGUGCUCGACUUCAGUCUGAAGGGCUUGACUGGCCAUUCCGUGCGCGACGCCUACGCAUCCUCCGAGCUGCGCGUGCUGGACACCGAGACGCAGCCGCCUGCAGGCUCCUCGCGCUCUGCUCACGAGUCUGCCAAGCGCUUCCAGUCCCAGAGCUGCCCUCGCUUUGUACCCAGCAAGCAGGGUGCCGAGCUGCUCUUCGUGGCAGAGGACAUUGCGCCGGCAGACGAGUCCGCUGCACCGCGCUGGUCAGACCGGCCAAUGUCUCUGCCUUCACGGGUUCUGGCGCAGAUGCAGAUGCUUCCACAGGUGCCGACUGGGAGGAAACUGCGAUCCACGGAGGAUGCAGAGGCGCACAGUGUGCCGGAGAGGAGAGAGGAGGAUCCUGAGCCGCGCACGACGACUCCACAGUCCAGGGAAGAAGAGGUGCGACUGGCGUUGGAACGCCACGAAGCAAAGGUUUUGAUGCAAGGUGCCACCGAGGUACCGAGCGUGUCCAAGAUGCUGGACAUGGGAGUGCACGAGAUGCCUUUUGCACCAGUCUCCGGCUGCCCAGAGUUUGUCCCAAGCCUCUACUCCAGUACGAAGACGCUGGCGGAGGCUUUCCGACAGGACCUCUUCGCAAGUCCGGAGGAACGCCAGCGGCAGCAGCUUCGCGAGGAGCAGACGCGGGACUCCUUCGUCGUCCUCACGGACCCAAGCAGCAACUCCGUCCUUGGAAUUGAUGCCCAGGUCCUCGCAGGGUCGCUUUCUGUCGGGCCUCCGAUGGGCGAGGUGGCGUUCAUGAAGCUCCUCUACAACGUGAGGAGUACCAUUGGCGCCAGCGGCCAGCAGCAGCUCCUGUUGGGCGGCUGCAAGCCCAUCCGUGCUGCGGGCCGCGAUGGUCACAUGAAGAUGGAGGCAGCACUGGAGAGCGUCAUGAAGACGCUUCAGAUCCACGAUGAGAAGCAGCAGUACACGACCUGGCUAGCAUGCCUUACGGCGGACCAGCGUGUGUCCAUCGUGGAGUCCUUGGAAGACAAGCACUGGAUCAACAUGUCGAUGCCGUACCCAAUCUGGACAGGCAAAUCGACCCAGCAUGCUUGGUGCCAUCAUCAGGAGAGCUGUUUCGAGGUAUGGUCGAAUCCAAACCCCAACGAGAAGUUUUGA